CUCUCUUCUUUCUCCGUCUCUUCAAUUUUCACACACUGCCCUUCUUCACUCUGCAUAAACGACGCAAGACCGCCUUUUCCCUUCAUUUUGAUUUGAGAAACCUGAUUCGGAGGCUUCCCUUUAGCUUCCUUGAACUCUCCAACCUACUUCGAAUGUCUGUUUCUCCUCGGACUGUGGUUUUCGCUCUGUUCUCUUCUUCCAACAUAGCCUCGUCCUCGUCUUUUGCCUGGUUGGUUUGAAUUGUUGUUCGGGCUUCUUUUUACGAUUGUUUGCUUUUUUCUUUGUUUUUUUAUCCUGGGUUUUCUCGGCAACCCAGAGUUUAUACUUGUAAGAUCUGAAACUGAAACUGGAGGCGCUGUUCAGUAUUUUACGAGGGUUUCUCAUUCGUGGAUGUAAUUUUAUUGAAUUUAAGGAGCUGAUGAAAGAUUUCUCUGAUGAUUUGAGAUUUGAAUGAGAGUUGAAAAGUUGGAGAUUACGAGUAUUUUUUUAUUUCCUGGGUGAUUUAUUUUUGGAGAUUAGAUAUGAAGCUUGAGUUGGGUUUAGGAGGUGUGUUGUGGAAUGAUGAAGAAAAAGGCAUGGUUGCAUCGGUUCUGGGAAAUCGAGCUUUUGAAUACUUGAUUACAAACCCUGCGGCGAACGACAAUUUGUUAAUGACAGUCGGAAGCGACGAAAGUUUGCAGAACAAGCUUUCGGAUCUCGUGGACCGUCCAAACGCGUCGAAUUUCAGCUGGAACUACGCGAUUUUCUGGCAAAUAUCACAGUCGAAGAAAUCUGGGGAUUGGGUUUUGGGUUGGGGAGAUGGCUGUUGCAGAGAACCCAAGGGAGAAGAAGAAGAAGGUGGAGUCAAAGGGCUUCUUACUCUUCGCCUGGAAAAAGAUGAGAUGCAGCAGAGGAUGAGGAAAGGGGUGCUUCAGAAGCUUCACACAACAUUUGGGGGUUCUGAUGAAGACAAUUAUGCCUUCGGAUUGGAUAGGGUUACUGAUACAGAAAUGUUCUUUCUGGCUUCCAUGUACUUCUCCUUCCCUCGAGGCCAUGGUGGGCCUGGUAAAUGCCUUGCUUCAGGGAAGCAUGUGUGGUACUCUGAGGCACUUAGCUCUGACUACUGUGUGAGAUCGUUUUUGGCAAAAUCAGCUGGAAUUCAGACCAUAGUUUUGGUCCCUACUGACAUCGGAGUUGUGGAAUUGGGUUCUGUGAGGAUGGUAGGGGAGAGCUUAGAAUUGUUGCAGGUGAUAAAAUCAGAGUUUUCUACACAAUCGUCGAUUCCUAGGGUUUCCCCACUUUCGCCAUUGCCUGUUGUGGUGAAUGAGAAGAGAGACGAAAAUGGUGUCUUUUCUGGUUUGCCAGUUGGGGAUAAGGUGGAGGGAGUUCCAAAGAUUUUUGGGCAGGACUUGAACUCGUUAAACUCUGGUCGUCCCCAUUUUAGGGAGAAGCUUGCUGUGAGGAAAAUGGAGGAGAGGCCUUGGGCAGGUCAUGGCCAGCCCAAUGGCAAUAAUAUUAGCUUUCCAAAUGUGCGAAAUGGUAUUCAUGGAUCGAGUUGGGCUGCUAAUCAAGGUGGGAAACAGGCGAGCCCAACUGAGAUUUAUCCUUCAAGGUCCUCAGUUUGCAAUGUACCGGAGGGAGUUAACCAGUAUAGGCAAGACUUUCGGCUUAGCAACUACCAACCACAAAGGCAGGUGCAAAUGCAAAUUGAUUUCUCUGGAGCCACUUCAAGGCCUUCUGUGAGACCAAUCAAUGCCGAAUCAGAGCUAUCCGAUGUUGAAGCUUCAUGCAAAGAAGAGCAACUGGGGGCAACAGAUGAAAGGAAGCCGAGGAAACGGGGUAGAAAGCCUGCCAAUGGGAGGAAAGAACCCUUGAAUCAUGUGGAAGCAGAGAGGCAGAGGCGUGAGAAGCUGAAUCAGCGGUUCUAUGCUCUUAGAUCUGUUGUGCCCAAUAUAUCCAAGAUGGACAAGGCUUCUUUGCUGGGAGAUGCCAUUGCCUAUAUCCAUGAGCUUCAGGCAAAACUAAAGAUCAUGGAAUCUGAGAGGGAGAGAUCAGGAAGCACUUCGAGGGAUGUACCGGCACCAGUGGCCGAUCCGAAAGUAGAAAAUAAGAAUCAAGCAACCGAUGUCGAUAUUCAAGCUACCCAGGAUGAGGUAGUAGUAAGGGUGAGCAGCCCUCUCAAUGAUCAUCCUAUUUCAAGAGUUAUCCAGAAGUUCAAAGAUGCACAAAUUAGUGUUGUUGAGUCGAAAUUUGCAAUGGCAAAUGACACCAUCUUCCAUUCCUUUGUAAUCAAGUCUCAAGGAUCUGAGCAGCUGACAAAGGAGAAGUUGAUUGCAGCAUUUUCUUGAGAAUUCAAUUGCUUACGGCCCACUGUCACCAUUUGGUUAGCACAGGGUAACUGCAAUUAACUUUAGUCCAUAGGCUUGACGAUACAAAGUGAAGAACCAUUUUUGAAGCUUCAUCAGAAAUUUUGUUAUUCAAGCGAAGGAUCCCCCGGGGGGGGGGGGGAAGCAGUGGAAACCAGAACGUCUAGUUGUAGAAUAAUAGCUCCUAUUAACCAAGUAGGGCAGAAAAUUUAUGUUUGUCUAUAGCAUACACAUUUCAUCAUACAAAGUGUUCCUGCAUAUUGAAUUGUUUUGUUUAGUUUAACCAAGUCCCCUAGUGUUUCAAGAUCUCGUGUUCUUUCUUGUAUGAUGCCAAGUUUUGUGCAUAAGAGCGAAAAGUAUUAAUGAAUUUUCUGCUGCUUGUAGCACUGAGAGGGAUCACAAGUCCCAGCUUUGUGAAUC